AUACAACCGUUGAAACGCGCUUUGGAAAGUCGAGAUCCCAACACUCUACGCAAGGCUUUGCAAACUCUACAAGUGAUGGCUAGAAGUGGGGCGAUGCUGGGCGAGGCCUUGGUGCCGUAUUAUAGGCAAAUAUUGCCGGUCUUGAACAUGUUUAGGAGUCAGAAGAGCAUGAGUAUGAGUAGAGACGAUAUGGACUACAGACUAGGAAGAAAUAUCGGGGCUUUGAUAGACGAGACUUUGGGAGUGCUGGAAAAACAUGGAGGAGAGGACGUGAGUCAUCAUAGAGAAUUUGGGGGGGAUUCCGAUAAGAAAUUAAUGAAGAAAUAA